UGGUGAAAGGAAACCAGAAGGUGCUCGAAAGAAAGCAGGGAUGCAGAGCAGAGUGAAAAUUAGAGCGACAGAGAGGGAGGGAGAGAGAGAGAAGCGCACCAUCGCUGAAUGCGGCCCGGCUAUAAUUUCCUAGCGGAGAGGAGGAGAAGAGAAGACAGGGCAUCCAGAGAAGAAAGACAAGACAGAGAGAUAAGGAGGGGAGACGAGCGCUUCUAUCAUCUGAAACACUGUGUUGUUUUCACGGACGUAGCGUGCAGCAUCACCUCGCUUUCUACGCAUCAUCCGCCCGGGAAGAGGACUGUCCGCAUCUCGGCCCAGGUUUUGAUCCCAUCUGCUUCUGAUCUGUUUGUGAUCCUGCUGAAAUCCACCGGGAUCCAGAUGAUGGAGCGCUUGCUGUGUCUGCUGGUCCUCAGCUCAGUGGCCCUGAAGGAGGCUCUCUGUGGAGACGUGUGUGUAUCAGGUCAUGACAGUGGGCCAGUGUUUGAAGAACAGCCAAGCAGUUUAAUUUACCCAGAGGGCCUGAGUGAAGGCAAGGUGACCCUCAGCUGUCAGGCCAGAGCCAGCCCAGCUGCCUCUUACAGAUGGCUUGUGAAUGGCACAGAGGUCCCGCUGGGUUUGGACCUGCGCUACACCCUGGUGGCCGGCAACCUCGUGAUCAGUAGCCCUGAGCCUAUUCGAGACACAGGCUCUUAUCAGUGUCUGGCCAUCAACCGGUGUGGCACCAUCAUUAGCCGAGCUGCUAACCUCAAAUUUGGCUACCUCCAUGACUUCCCUCCAGAUAGCAGGAGUCCUCAGACAGCAUAUGAAGGCAUAGGCACUUUCCUGGCCUGCCAGCCCCCUCCACAUUACCCAGCUCUGUCCUACCGCUGGUUAAUCAAUGAAUUUCCCAACUUCAUCAAAAAGGACGACGGCCGCUGGUUUGUGUCGCAGGUAACAGGGAACUUGUACUUGGCCAAAGCAGAGCCAAAUGAUACCGGGAACUACUUCUGCUUCACCACCAUCAACAUGGAAAUCAGCACCAAGAGCACUUUCAGCAAGGCCAACCAGCUCACGGUGCUUUCUGAUGCCAACCCCAGGAAGUCAGCUCCGAGCAUUAAAGUGCGCUUCCCAGCAGAGACCUAUGCCCUAGCAGGACACACCACUCAGUUAGAGUGCUUCGCCUAUGGAAAUCCAGUCCCAAAACUGCGAUGGAGGAAGGUGGACGGUUUGAUGCCGUCCAAGGCGGGCUUCAGUGCUAAUGGUCCCACCCUUAUCCUGCCAGAUCUCUCCUUUGAUGAUGAGGGUGUUUACGAGUGUGAAGCCUACAACUCAGAAGGAAGUGACACUUACCAGGGACGCAUCAAUGUGCAAGCUCAGCCGGAGUGGUUGCAGGUGAUGAGUGACUCAGAGGUAGAGAUCAGUUCAGAGCUUCACUGGAGUUGUGUUGCUGCUGGUAAACCACGACCUUCCAUACGCUGGCUACGCAAUGGACAGCCACUCCGCACACAGGACCGGUUAGAGGUGAACGGAGCUCGUCUUAAGAUCAGUAACCUGGCCCUGGAGGAUUCUGGGAUGUACCAGUGUGUGGCAGAGAACAAACAUGGCACCAUCUACUCCACUGCUGAGCUCAGAGUCCAAGUUCAGGCUCCAGACUUCAGGUUAAAUCCAGUAAGGAAACUAAUCCCAGCAGCCAGAGGGGGGCAGGUAAUGAUCGAGUGUCGUCCUCGAGCUGCCCCAAAGCCCAGCCUGUUCUGGAGCCGUGGGACGGAGCUGCUCACCAACAGCAGCAGAGUCACAGUAACUCCAGACGGCAUCUUGUGGAUCUACAACAUCAGCAGGGCAGACGAAGGGAAAUACACCUGCUUCGCUGAAAACUACCUGGGGAAAGCCAAUAGCACCGGACAUCUGUCUGUCAGAGAUGCCACAAAGAUCACGCUGGCUCCUUCGAACGCCGACAUCAAUCAGGGAGAGGAUGUGACGCUGCAGUGUCACGCCUCCCACGACCCCACCAUGGACCUGACCUUCACCUGGGCCCUCAACGGGGUCCUGCUGGACCUGGAGGACUCUGCUGGGCCAUACCACCGGGUGGAGGGGAAGGAAAACAUUGGUGACCUGUUGAUUGUGAAUGCUCAGCUGAGUCAAGCAGGGAUGUACACCUGCACAGCUCAGACUGUGGUGGACAGCGCCGCAGCUUCAGCUAAACUAGUGGUUCGAGGCCCCCCGGGUCCCCCUGGAGGUUUACUGGUGAAGAAUGUUGCUGAGACAUCAGUGGAGCUCAGGUGGAGUCGUGGCUACGAUAACCACAGUCCCAUAGGCAAAUAUGUCAUCAUGGGCAGAUCGUCACUCUCAUCAGAAUGGAAGAAGAUGAGGACAGACCCGGUGAACAUCGAGGGUAACGCGGAGUCGGCUCGUGUGAUGGGACUGAUGCCCUGGGUGGAUUAUGAAUUCCAGGUUAUCGCCAGCAACAUCCUGGGUAGCGGAGAGCCCAGCAUGCCCUCACACACCAUCCGCACACAGCAAGCAGCUCCCACAGUGGCACCCAGUGGACUUGGAGGAGGCGGAGGAGACCGCAAUGAACUCAUUGUUACCUGGACGCCCAUGGCCAGAGAGUACCAGAAUGGUGAUGGCUUUGGCUACAUCCUGGCAUUCAGGAAGAAAGACACAUCAUCUUGGACAGUGGUGCGGAUUCCUCACGUGGAGUCAUCCCGAUAUGUUCACUAUAAUGACAGCCUGACACCAUACAGUCCCUUCGAGGUGAAGAUCAAAGCUUAUAACCGCAGAGGAGAAGGUCCUUUCAGCCAGAUUGCUGCGGUCCACUCUGCAGAGGAAGAGCCAACAGUGGGACCGUCAAACAUCAAUGCUACGGCACUGACCGCCUUCGAGAUCCAGGUUUCAUGGGAGCCCGUCCAGCAGCUCAGCGCUAAUGGAAUCCUUAGAGGAUACGAGAUCCGGUACUGGCGGCAGCAUGAACGGGAAGCGGCAGCAGACCGAGUGCGGACAGCAGGACUGGAAACCACAGCCAGAGUGUCUGGACUUCGGCCCAGCACUCGAUACCACAUUGCUGUUCUGGCAUACAACAGCGCUGGCACCGGGCCGCCCUCACCACGCACCACCGUCACCACCAGGAAACCACCUCCUAAUCGUCGUCCAGGCAACGUGUCAUGGAAGACUGACAGCUCAUCUGUAACAGUGAGGUGGGACCACGUGAAGGCCUUGCACAAUGAGUCAGCUGUACUGGGCUACAAAGUUCUGUACAAACAUGAGGGCCAGGCAGCGCUAAAGGUUCUGGACAAGGCAAAGACGUCGGUGAGCCUGCCGCUGCCAAAAGACAACGGUUACGUUGUGCUGGAGAUUCGGUCCUGGGGUGAGGGCGGGGAUGGGCCAGCACACGAGAUUAUUGUGUCCCGGGACUCAGGAACUGGUAUGAUGGUGCAGAACAAGGCCUCCUUCACACUGCCCAGUAACCCUUUCUACCUGAUCGCUAGCUUGGUGCUACUCACUCUUGUGUCGUCGCCAGGCCUGUGAUCUCAGCCACUCGGUGGACUUUUUACUUGUAAUGGCUUGAAACUAAAGCCCCUGUGUCUCGGUCUGUGUUUUGGGUCAGGGUGGGUCUCAGUGGUUGGGGAAGGUUGUAGCACUGCAGGGAUUAGAAGGGUGGGGGACGAAGGAGGGGUUUUGGUUUUCUUUUUUUUUAUUGUAUAUAUAUAUAAAACAAAGAAAGUCUUUUUCAUUUUUUUUAAACUUCAGGUGGGUUGAAAGGGGUGGGGGAGCAGAGCAGUCCUGUCUGGUUGUGUAUUUGUGCACCACUGUCAGUAAAACCAUGCCUUAUGGGGACCAUCACAUCUGUGGCUGACGCAUCUCAUACCUGCGUCCUCCAAACUGUAGCUGGCGAGACACAGACUUCAGGUGUAAAUUAUUCAUAGAAUCAGUGUAUAUAACUUGUGUACAUGUGAUGGGUGUCUGCCUGUUCGCACUGAGAGCAGCUUGACUGAUAAGUCUCAGUUGUGGGUGGUGUGAGAGCUGUAAAGAUCCGCAUCUAAAAUAUUAAGAACAUCUUCAUGUUUUUCCUGUCAUAAUUAUAUGGUCAGAGCUCCCCAUACCCUGAAAAACCUGCAGUUUUUUAAUGCAGCUUUUCAGUAUUGACUCAGUUAGUAUUUAAAUUAAAAUAGGACGGCUCCAUAGACUUACUUUCAUUUCCAAAGUUGAAACCAGUUGUCAGACUUCAAGUUUAAGUUCAGGAUAUCUGGAGCCUGGUCCGUUCCACAAAAAGAAACAUUAUCAGUCUAAAUGUCUUUGACAAUGUCCUGGAAAUGUGUAUAAUGUACAUUGAUAAUGUACACAUCAAAAUAUUUACAGUGUUUACAUCAUGAAAGUCAAACAUUUCAGUUUGAUAUCAAUCAAUAGGAUGCAAUUUAAUACUUUAUUCCCUAAAAGCAAGAUCAUCUGAAUAUAGUUAUAGGAUGAAUAUCAUAAAUACAUCUUACUAAGAAGAUUUGGACACAUGUUACCAUAGUGAUAAACAUGUUAGACACAUGCCAUUGUAUCAGGAUACAUUAUUACCCUGGCUCCCUCAAUUCUCCCAAAAAGCAGCAUCACAUUUUCUCCCUGGACUGGUAGAUCCCCGCUACUGUGCCUUGACUACAUUGUUCCUUUUCUUCAUUUUCUCCUUCUUUACUUUGUAAUGCAUGGCUUCAAAUCCAAAACAUUUGUAAAGUUGCAUCCACACUUUCUUGUCUACAUUAGCCAGCCUGAUAACCCAAAUAUUACUCACACAGGAUUUAUGUUUCCUGUUUCUUUUCUCUGAAAACACACAUUUUGAGCAUCUACCCAACUGAGCUUGUUUGACUUGCUGGUCGUGUUGCUCACAGUUUGAACGCAGUCACUCGCUGAAGCACUGAAGAACUUUUUAUUGUUGAUUUUUAGCUGUGUCUUUAUGCUUGUUUGUGUCUCUGCUGUAAUUAUAACUACAGAAAUAUGUCACUGUUCCAAAUUGAUGUUUAUAUUUUCUAUUGUUUAUGGCUGAUCAGGGGGAAGUAUUUUAUUGAUUGUUUACAUUUGUGGUGCCUACAUUGUUUGAAUAAUUCCAACAACAAUGUAAAAAAUGCUUUUGUUUAGUGUUUAUUGGUUUUAGUGCAGCUGCUUUUGUGCUAGUAGGUAGAUCUAAAAUGCCCGGGGCAGCAGGGCUAAAUCACUGGUAGAGAUGAAAGAGUUGGUCACCAUGGUUAUCAGAGAGUACAGUUAACAGUGUCAUAUAUCGUCCUCACUGUAAUCCUGUCAGCAGCUAUCAGCUCUUAUGUAACAUGUCUGGCUCGUUGCAGUUCACAGGAAGAAUGUCGGCAGUAUUGGUUUGUCCACAGUUAUCCUGUCCAGGUGAGGUCUGGUCAGCAUGUCAGACAGACAUCAAGUGCUUACAAUUUGUGUCUUUUGUUGUCGUUGCCUUACUUUUUUGGUUGAUUAGCUUAAUAAUUAUCUGACUGCCUGUUUAAAGUGUAACUGAUGCUUUGAGUUUAGAUUGUUGUCCAAUAGUCACUAAAAGGUGUGAUACAUGGUUUUGGUUUUCUAUAACUGCCAACACAAAACUAAAAAAAGUAAUUAUUUUAUGUUCUAUAAUAAGUGUAUUUUAGUGGCUAUUAUCUCAAUAUAUUCUAAAUCUUAACAAAAUACAUUGUAGAAGUUCAUUUCUUGACCCUGGAAACAAUAAUUAGAUUUUUUUUUUUUUCAAGCAGCCAAAACAUCCGAACAUCAUUAAAAAAAAAACUCAUUUCAGGCUAGUAGUAUGUUGUAGUUUUCAGUUGUCUGUAAAUUAGCUGCUAGAUGGCCGCCAUGUUUCCAAGUCACCUGCUUCUUAGACUAGUUCAAAGCCAAAGCAUCAGAGGUUGGUUAAUCACAUGAGAAACGCCAGGAUCCUUUAGAUACUGGUUAAUCUGUUUGUUUGUUUUUCAGGUCUGCAUACAUGUGCUGUGACAGUGUAUUAGGGCCAUUGUUCAUAAAAAAACAAUAACAACAAAUGAAGGGGGUAAUGUUCCAAGAACAAAAUUUGAAUUUC